CCCCCCUCCUCCCCUCCCUCCCUCCCUCCCCCGCUCUGGGGUGUCCCGUGUCCCCCCCGCCGCCGCCUCCCGCCACCGGCCCCCCCGGGGAUGGCGCCGCUCCCGGCCCCACGGCCCGGCUGCAGGCCGGCGUAGGGGGGAGCGGGGGCCAAUGCGGAGCCGCGGGGCGGGGGCAGGAGCUCGGCGGCGCCGGACGCGGUGCCGGAGGUGCCGGGCCUGCCUGCGCUCCGAGUGCGGCGAGUGCCACUUCUGCCGCGACAUGAAGAAGUUCGGGGGGCCGGGGCGCAUGAAGCAGUCCUGCCUGCUGCGGCAGUGCACCGCCCCGGUGCUGCCCCACACGGCCGUGUGCCUGGCCUGCGGAGAAGCCGGCCGGGAGGAAUCGGCCGAGGGGCCGGAGGAGAAGUUCGAGCUCUCGCUGAUGGAGUGCACCCUCUGCAGCGAGAUCGUCCACCCCCGCUGCCUCCAGAUGGGGCGCGCGGAGGCGGUGAUCAACCCCGAGAUCCCCAACUGCUGGGAGUGCCCCAAGUGCAAGCGGGAGGGGCGCAGCGCCAAGGAGUCGGGGGAGGGGGGGCCCGAAGCGGCGGGCGGAGGAGGGGGGGGGUGGGGGAGGGGGGGGUGCGCUGGAACGUCCCCCGGGGUGUGUCCCCCGCGUCCCCGCGCCCCCCGCCUGCCCCCCCCCGCGGUGUCCCCAGCUGACGGGGUGCCGCAGGGCCGGAGGCGGCAGCGGGAGCGCCUGGAGCGGUUCCGCCAGAUGUGCCGGCUCCUGGAGCGGGUCCCGGCCCCCGCCAGCUCCAGCUCCAGCUCCAGCUCCGGCUCCGACUCGGGGGGGGUCGCCCCCCCCCACCCUGCAGCCCCCCCGCCCCCGAGGAGGAGGACGAGGAGGACGACGCCGACGAGGAGGACGAUGACGAUGACGAUAACGAGCGCCCCAAUAACGGGGCGGCCCCCCCCCGCCGCCAAACCCCCCCUGGGCGGCCGCGCUGGGGGGGUCGCCGUCGUCGCCCGCCGCCGCCGCCACCGGGCCGGGGGACAAGGGACGUCUGAGGGCCUGGCCCUUGUGCCGUCCCCCCCCCCGGCCCCCGCCCCCCUGGAGAGGCACGUGGUGAGACCCCCCCCCGCCAGCCCCGACCCCGACCGCCUGCCCCUGGACAGCGGGGACGCCCACGUCAUGCAGAGGGACGUCUGGCUGGGGGUCUUCCUGCACCUCUCCCCCCGCGAGCUCUGCGUCUGCAUGCGCGUCUGCCGCACCUGGAGCCGCUGGUAGGGGCACUGGGACCAACUGGGAGCAACUGGGAG